GUCCCGAAAAAAAGUCGAAAAACCAAGACAUAAAAUCAAUUGAGGCUCUGACAAGCGCUUUUCCUUGGUACUAAAGGACCGCCGAGUAGAAAUUGAACAGUGAAAAACGUGUGGAGAUCUUUGCUUGAUCUUUAGCUUUCAACUUUGUCGGAUGAGGAAGGAGAAUUUUCCAGCGUAAAAUAGGACAUAGGAAACGCAACCAGUUUGGGAUUUGGAAUUUUUCCCAGCCAAUAAAGAUUAUCAGUCAACACUCAUUACUUAACCCAACGAUGGAGUUGGGGAACGUGUUAAGGCGCCACAGCCACCUGCUCCUCCUGCUGCUACUGCCACUUGUCAGCUUAUGUCCAAAUGCGGGGGCUCUCAAUCGACAGGCGGAUGCCGGACAGGAUUUCGAUAUGGCUGCACAGCUGGCGGAUGCGGAGGCCCAGGCAAAGCCGGAUCACGAUGUCGAUUCCCCGGACACGCCGCACAUACGAAAGAAGCGUCUCAUCUGGAUCACGGACGAUGGCCGGUUGGCCCUUCCCCCAGGCACUUCCCUGACUUUCGUGCCAACCAUUGCCAUGCCCCUGGUGCGACAUCCACCCGAGGGAUUCUUCUCCAACCUGACCAUCAGCUUUCCCGUGACCAUUGACUUUGACAAGCUGGGACUGACGGACAACCAAAAUCCUCUGGGGGAUCUGCCGCCGUUAUUCGCCCGAUCCUUUGGUCACGAGGCGGGGCACAUGGUGGGUGAAUAUGUGGCCAGGUAUCUGCAUGUCCAGCGCCGGAAGAGGGAUCUCAGCGAGCAGCGCAGCAGGAGCGACGAGGAUCAUCCGUUUAGGGUGCACGAGGAGGGUCCCAAGUUUCCGGAACUGCCCGCCGGACUGCAGCACAUCUUCCAUGGAGGAGAGAGGGUUUUGCUGUACGGCGUGGUGGAGGACUUCCUGUCCACCUUUGGCAUGGAUGGCAAGGCCUGUUUGCUGAGGACCAUCUGCGAGAUGCACUCGAGGAGUCUGGAGAAGUUUGGGGUCUUUGGUGAAAUGACCAAGCUGUUUUUAACUGUCACCAAAUCACCUUUUUCCGACCUGGUGCCUGACUACGUUCAAGCCCAGGAAGUGGGCGAAGGGAAACAGGCCCCGGGAGAAUGUUUUCCCUACUUCAAGGCCUGUCCGAAGAGCAUUUUUAAGGCCUUGUCUAACAAAUAUGGCAAGCCAUCCCCUGCGACCAAGACGAAACCCACGGACAGACCCGUGGGGGAGUAUCAUGAGGAGCAGGUGAUCCAGCUACCCACCACUCGAGAUCGGGACAACGAUGUGUAUAUGUAGAGCCCAAUUCCCUCCACCUCGAUAGCGAACUCCCAUUGUUGACCUCGUCUAGUUUUUAGGAUUACGAUUGAAUUG